UGCAACCAUUAGCCAAUAUAUCAUUUUCUCCAAUCUCUAAAAACUCACAGUUUGGUUUCUAUUGACAUUGUUGUGAGCAAUGACGCUUUCAUUCUUUUCUUGGCUUUUCAUGUCACUUCUUGCAACAAUUUUCUUUGAGAUCAAUGUGGAUUUGGUUUCCGCUCACUGUCAAAGCGACCAGCAGGGGUUGUUGCUUCAAUUUAAGAACAGGCUUAACUUCAAUUCCUCUUUAUCUCUAAAAUUGGUGAAGUGGAAUCAAAGCCUAGAUUGCUGCAUGUGGGAAGGUGUAACGUGUGAUGUCAAAGGUCGUGUUACCGAUCUUGAUUUGAGCAACGAGAGGAUUUUUUAUGGAAUUGACAAUUCAAGCAGUCUCUUCAAUCUCCAGCAUCUCCAGAGUCUAAAUUUGGCAUAUAACGGCUUCAACUCCACAUUUCCUUCUGGGUUCGAUAAACUUGCAAAGUUGAGCAAUCUUAAUCUCUCACAUGCUGGCUUUAUAGGGCAAAUUCCACUAGAGAUUUCAAGGAUGACAAGCUUGGUUACUCUUGAUUUAUCUGUUGAUGAUCAUGGAUUGGAACUUGAGAACCCUAAUCUAGUUAUCCUUGUUCAGAAUCUCAAGGAGCUAAAGCAUCUCUUUCUUGAUGGGAUAAAUUUAUCAACACAGGGGAAGGAGUGGUGCCAGGUGUUGUCUUCUUUGUCCAACUUGCAAGUGUUGAGCAUGUCAAACUGUUAUCUUUCAGGCCCCAUAGAUUCCUCCCUUUCCAAGCUGCAAUCUCUUUCAGUAAUUCGUUUGGAUGGAAACAAUCUGUCUGCUCAAUUUCCAAAGGAAAUCUUCCAGGUACGUACAAUAAAGGCUCUUAACUUAUCAAACAACCCAUUUCUUGAAGGAUCUCUCAAAGAAUUUCUUCCUGAUUCAUCUCUUGAGACCUUGCUGCUUAGCAAAACACAUUUUGGGGGGACUUUACCAGAAUCGAUUGGAAACCUGGGGAAGCUGUCAUGGAUAGAGCUUGUAGGUUGCCAAUUCAAUGGAUCGAUUCCAGAAGCAAUGGCGAAUCUAACACAGCUUGUCUUUCUAGAUUUUUCGUGGAAUAAUUUUUUUGGUCCAAUCCCAUCUUUUUCAUUGGCAAAAAAUCUUACCCAGCUAAACAUUGCCAAUAACCACUUGACUGGUUCAAUUCUCUCCACUAACUGGUCAAGCCUUUCCAAGCUCAUAAAUAUUGAUUUAAGCAACAACUCACUAAAUGGAACUCUUCCUACAUCCUUGUUUGGAAAUCCAUCUUUGCGGAGCAUAGCAUUGUCACAAAAUCAAUUCUCUGGUCGGUUGAAUGACCCCCUAGAAGUAUCUUCCUCUACAUUGCACGUCCUUGAUUUGGGAGGUAAUAAGUUGGAGGGACCUGUCCCAGAGUUUGUAUUUGGAGUCCAAAGCCUCUAUGUCCUCAUCCUUUCUUCCAAUAAUUUUAGUGGUCCGCUAAACAUAAGUUCAUGUUUGAAUCUCUUGGACCUCUCUAUUCUUGAUCUCUCGUUCAACAACUUCAAUGCAAUUGUUUCCAAUCCUGAUUCUGAUUUUCCUCUAAUUGGCCAAUUAAAAUUGGCUUCUUGCAAGCUCACAAGCUUCCCAAAUUUCUUGAAGCAGCGAUUCGGGUUAACCCAUUUAGAUCUUUCGAAUAACCAGAUGGAUGGGGAAAUACCCAAUUGGGUUUGGAAUCUAGAUCUUGAUCACUUAGAUCUUUCUCACAACUAUCUAGUAAAUUUUCAAGAACCCAUUCAUGUUGCCAGUUAUCUGUCUUUCUUAGACCUUCAUGGCAACAAAUUGCAAGGGCAAAUACCAAAGCCAUUCUCAGCUGCCAUGUACAUAGAUUACUCAAGCAACAAUUUCAGCUCUAUACCAAUUGACAUUGGUGAUUCCCUCAUGGGUGCUAUGUUCUUCUCUCUUUCAAACAACAACCUCCAUGGAAUUAUUCCUGAAUCAAUAUGCAAUUCCACGCCUUUUGUCCUUGAUUUGUCGAAUAAUUCCCUGAAUGGCACUAUGCCUCAAUGCUUGACUAGGAUGAAGAAUCUUCGGGUGUUGGACUUGAGUAGAAAUAACCUCAGUGGCAAUAUCCCUGAUACAUUUUCAAGUGACUGCUGGAUAGAAACACUAGACCUCAAUGGAAACCACCUAGAAGGAAAGAUUCCUAGAUCUCUGGCCAAUUGUACAUCUCUGAAGGUUUUAGACCUUGGGAACAACCAGAUCAAUGAUACUUUUCCAUGCCAUUUGAAGAACAUAUCCAGUUUGAAGGUCUUGCAAUUGAGGGGAGAACUACCUUUUCAAUGGUUGCGAAGCUGGAAGGCAAUGAUGGUUGGUUCAGUUGAGUUCAAAAUCCUUACUGGUGGCAACGGCUUCAGCUUUACUAAUUCUUUAUAUGUUGAUGGUCAUAAUUAUUCGGUCGGAGUUGCAAUUUCUCAUCAAGAUUCAGUUACAAUUACCAAUAAAGGUUCUGAGAUAAGUUUGGUAAAGAUCACAAGUCUCUUCACCUUCAUUGACUUAUCAUGCAACAAGUUUGAAGGGCAAAUACCAGAGCUUUUGGGGGAAUUCAAGGCACUUUAUGCUCUCAACUUAUCACAUAAUGGUUUCAAAGGUCUAAUCCCUACAUCUCUUGGAAACUUGAAAAAUCUUGAGUCUUUGGACCUUUCUAGUAACAACCUAAGUGGUGGAAUUCCUCAACAACUAGGAGACCUAAAUUUCCUUGCUAUCCUAAACCUCUCACACAAUCAUCUGGAAGGAAGAAUCCCAAAUGGAGGACAAAUUCAAACAUUUUCAGAAGACUUCUUUAAAGAUAAUAAGGGAUUAUGUGGGGUGCCUCUGAAGAAAAAUUGCAGUUCGAAUGUAGGGCCAACAACUAAAGACAAGCAUUCAGACGAUGGAACCAAUAUUGAUUGGAAUUUCUUAAGCGUUGAAUUGGGAUUUAUUUUUGGCUUGGGAAUUGUGAUUUUGCCACUUAUGUUCUACAAGAGAUGGAGGUUAUGGUAUUGCAAACGCAUUAAUGGUUUUCUUUCUAGGUUCUUCCCUCAGUUGAUUCAAAGAAGCAGAAAUCGUGGAAGGAGAGCUUCUAGAAGAAGGACCAAAACACAGUUGAGGAAUAACCAGCAGUGAGGAGUGAGGAGCAUUACAGGCAUUGUUCUACAAACUUUAAUCUAUAUGGUAUAUGCCUACUCUUUUCAAUGUCAAAACAUGUCCUUGUUACAAUACAAACCCCAUAUGAUUUAAGUUUUGUUUUGGAUUGAUGUGUUGUAUUGUUAUGUGUGUCAUGUUGUAAAAAGUAUUUUAAUAUUUAGUAAUUAUUUUAUCAAUGGUAAAUGUUUUAUUGUCAAUUUUAAUUUUUGGUAAUAAUAAUAAAAUUGAAAUUGAAGU